GUUGUGGGGGCCCACUGUCUUCGCACAGUUGAGUGGCAGCCGCUUGCUCGGCCAGUCGCGCGUUUCACUUGCUGUUGCAGAUAUCAGCCGAGCCGAACCACUUCUUCCUCUCCCUCCCUUUUCUCUCUUCCCAGUAGUGUGGCCCUCAGUGUGUAUAUUUGUUUUCGAUUGCCUUUGGGGCCAAAAUCGACGUUCUGGAUAUCUCGUUUCCCUCGUAGGAGGUGCUGAUGCAACAGAUCCCGAUAGAAAAGACAAGUCAGCCUUGUAUUGCAAUUGAGAGGAGUAUUUCUGUCGUGGAUUUCCAAAUCUCAUGAGGACUGUGGUACGCCAGUACAUGUUGGGAGAGAAUUCCUCUUAGCAGAAUAGUGUGAACUUGUUUUGUGCAAAGGAUUGUGCUUGUCAAAUUAUAAGUAAACUUGAAUCUCUUGAGCAGAUAUGCGAGGAGAUUUGGUUCAUGUACAGUAAGAGGCGCUCAGUAACCCUCACCACUGUGCACUGAAAUUAAGUGAGCUGAUGAGAACAUAUAGUGAAUGGUGACGCGUAUGUCUGUUUGACAUUCUUAUGAGGCAAAAUCCAUAAGAAAAGAAAGAAGGAAACAAUAGAUGGUUGAGUCAGUGGUUCAAGUGACUUGGUGAGAAAUUUCUAUGAACAUUUAUGGAAAUAAUUCGUAUGUAUGCCAAGGAUCACCUGUAAUUGCGCUGAAGGUGCGGAUGAGAAGAUCUGACAGGAAUCCUGCCGUCGUCGCUGCUAUUCAGGACCCGUUUUACCCUGCCAAGGACUCUCUCGCUCUCGUCGUAGCUGCUGCUGGGGUCAUCCACCUCCCGUCGACAUCGACCCCCUCAGGAAAACCACCUACGUCACUUGCUGCCCCCGUCAGCGUGUUGUGGAGCUCCUGUGUGUCUGUGUGUGUUUGUGUGUGUGCACUUGCAUUAGGUUACCACUUCGUGUGUCAUCACCUGAACCUUCGACUUCUCGAGUGUGUCGAGAUCGAGUGAGAAAUCUCCUUCAGCUUCUCGAGAGCAUCGACGAGGUCGAGCAGCAGGAACUAACUAUAAAGCCUCUCGACUUCUUCGCCAUCUCGUUCGCUCGAUCUCUCGUCUCUCCAAAAGGAGGAAAGGGCCUUUCGGAACGCCCGCCCUUGUCUUUAGCAAUUCGUCUCCUUUCUCGUAAUCGUGGCCGAAGAAGAAUCCCUCUUCAUGAUUACCAUGGACAUACCGCCGACCCCCGCCCCCCACCAAGUGGUCCAUGCGCAGACAAUCAUGCAACAACAGCCCAGUCCAGAGGAAUCGAAGAAAAAACAUCACUCCGCUGGCCAGCGAGAGGAAGUUACGGGGUCGUAUUACUUUGGCGAGAAUUCAACCAAAGGUCAUGGCGGAGUGAACCAGCUGGGGGGCGUGUUCGUCAACGGGCGCCCUUUGCCCGACAUGGUCCGCCAGAGGAUCGUCGAGCUCGCCCACAACGGGGUCAGGCCGUGUGAUAUCUCCAGGCAACUCAGGGUGUCCCACGGAUGCGUCUCCAAAAUCCUGUCCAGGUAUUACGAGACGGGCUCCAUCAGGCCGGGUGUCAUCGGCGGGUCGAAGCCCAAAGUAGCCACCCCGACGGUGGUGGACGCCAUCGCCAACUACAAGAAGCAGAACCCGACGAUGUUCGCCUGGGAGAUCAGGGAUCGGCUGCUGACGGACGGUGUGUGCGACCAGGAGAGCGUCCCUUCGGUGUCGAGCAUUAACAGAAUCGUCAGGAACAAGGCGGCCGAGAAGGCGAAACACGCCAUGCCCGGUACCCUGUCGCCGGUGUCGCAGGCCACCUCCGUCAUCGCUCACGCCCCGCCCGCGCCCCACGAGACGGCGCUGCAGAGAGCGGGGUCCUACUCCAUCAACGGUAUCCUAGGAAUCCCUCCACACACAGAUCCCAACGGCAACAUCAACAAGAGGAAAAGAGAUGAUACCGAUGAACAUCGGGACAUGAACGGACAUCCUGAAGAUGACCUGAAACGUCAGAGAACACAGUAUAACACAGAUCCCCUUUAUACCAAUAUGAUAUGGUCCAAACAGUGGCCAACGUUGAAGAAUGAAGACGCCAAGACACUCUUGCCAGAUCUCGGAAGUAGCGUUGCUGGGGGCGCCUCAUCUCCUUACAGUAGCGUACAGUCAUUCGUGGACCACCCCUCCAGUUACCCUUCGGUAUCAGCUUCGUCAGUGUCCACCGACGCCCUCUACGAGACAAUGUCCAUGACCCAGUCCAACACGAACCACGUGUACUCCCCACCCCUGGCCACUUCGCUAGGUAGCGCCAGUGGACUGACUCCCCUCACACCCAUUACCAUGCAAGAUGUGAAGCCCGUCCUUGCGGCACCCUCAGGCCUUGACACUACAGCCGCGCAGUUCCAGCAAGGAGGAGGAGGUUCGGCCUACACCCCCAUGAGCACCUCCCAGCCGACCUCCAACCCUGGCUACGCCACCAUAGACACCCAGCCCACCCACUACGCGGACCAAACGCCCGUCAGCGAGGGCGUGACGCCGCUGGAGAGUCUCGUGGUCGCGCCGUGCUCCUCGCCCUUAAAGGCCGACACGCCUUGCACCACCGCCCUCACGGUCCUGCAGCCCGCCUCGCACGCCCACGCAGCAACACAUCACGCCCAUGUUUCCACUCCCGUGCAUACAUCCACGCAUGCCCAUGUACCCAUGCAUGCCCAUGUAGCGAGCACACCCGACCCAACGUAUACCACCCUCCCGCCCAUCACACACUACACAGGUACCGCCAGCGUAGGGUCGAUGGUCGACUACACCUACUCCUCUCCUUACACCCAAUACUCCUCCACAUACCCGACAUACGGUUACGGAACUGGAGGACUUCUCAAUAUGUGUAACUACGGCAAUGGUGUCCUCAACAACAACAACAACAAUAACAAUCAUCACAACAACAACAACAACGGCGGCGGCGGCGGCGGAGGCGGUGGUAACAACAACACCAACACUACGACCAGCAGUAGCGGUAACGCCAGUGACCAUGGCGUUAGCGCCGGUAGUAACAACCACCACCUGAACGCAGCGGCGGCUACCAGACUGCGCAUGCUCCAGUCGUCAUUAAGCAACACCACCAGCACCAGCAGCAGUAGUAGCAGUAGCAGUAGCGCGAUGCCCUGCGUCAGGCAGAACCACCACCGCUGCACGUAACGCCUUGUUCCGGAGUCGUCUUCUGCGUCUACUGCGUCUAGUGCUCCUCUGGAGUCGUCUUCUGCGUCUACUGCGUCUAGUGCUCUUCUGGAGUCGUCUACUGCGUCUAAUGCUCUUCUGGAGUCGUCGACUGCGUCUAAUGCUCUUCUGGAGUCGUCUUCUGCGUCUACUGCAUCUACUGCGUCUUCAUCUUCAUCUUCAUCUCCUUCAUCUUCUUCGUCAUGACAGAGCAACCCUUCGUCGCCGUUGGUUGGUUACCUGAAGGAGUCUGAUGACGUUGUUGUUGUUCCACUGCGUCUACUGCGUCUAGUGCGUCUUCAUCUUCAUCUCCUUCUUCUUUGUCAUGACAGAGCAACCCCUCGUCGCCGUUGGCUGGUUACCUGAAGGAGGCUGAUGAUCUUGUUGUUGUUCCACGAAAGACGUUGGCAUUAGCAAGCAAGCACACCUGAGCCAUCUACUAUAUAUAUUAGUUGCGAGUCCUACUUCCCCUGUGCAAUGGCUGCUGGCAUUCGACGUCGUCGUUUGGGAAGGCGGGGCGGAUUAGGCCUAAUAACGACGUCACCACGGGACGCAGAAGCAAAAAAAAAAAAACCGAGUUUUCUCAGUUCUUGCAAUCAGGGAGACACAAAUAACAGUGCAGAGAUGAAGCAAGUGCUGUUAAGAGUGCAAAAAAAAAAAUAAAGGACCCUAAGACGACAACAACCACCAUGAUGAAUGCAAAAAAAAAAAAACACAAAAUAAUGAAAGAAAUAGUUUAUUUACAUUUUAAAGAUUAACGUCUCUGUCUGAGGCUACUAGUUUAGUUGAGUGCGUGUUUUUUCAUUUGUGAGAAGCACGGACCGAUCUCUAGCUAGGAUACCAAAGAAAUCAUCACUCAAGUCACGAGCUUGCUUCUUUUUUUUUUUUUUUUUUUUUUUUUUUUUUUGGUUUUUUGUUUUUGGUUUUUUUCCCUUGAGCCAGUUACCACACGUUCUAAUCUUAAAUAGACGAAACCAAAAACCUUCCUCCUUCAGGCACACUCUCGAGAAAGACUUCAGAAACAUUUAAAAAAAAAAAUAAAAAAUAAAAAAGAAUGGAAAUGAGCGAGUGAGAAGAUGAUUGAUUGGCAGAUGACUGCUUGACCGAAACGGAGAUUUUUUUUCGCGACUCCUCCUCCUCCUCCUACCCCUCCUCCUCCUCCUCUCCUCCUCCAGCAGGCAUUCUCCUUCUCUUCUUUGUACAUAGCACUCAAGGGCCUUGACCUUCUCCGGUGUGCCUGAAGGGAGGGAAGUUUCUACAAAUGAAAAAAAGAAAAAAACUUUUCGACAAAGGGCAUCUGGAGACAUGGUUCGCACACUCUUUUCCACUCUAGGUCUGGGGAAGCCUUCCUCCUUUCGUGGGAUGAAUUGUUGGCAUCACCCUAGUACCAGUAACUUCGUGUUUGUUAUAUUUUUUCAUUCAUUUUCAUUGAUUCAUUUAAUUAUUAUUAUUAUUAUUUUUAAAUCUCUCGGGUUUGGUUUUUUUUCAUAUUUGGGGGUUUAUCGCUGUCCAGGACCUACAUCUACUGACUGCUGUUUUUGGCGUCGAUCAAAAACUCUCUGAAUCCCUGUUUAGACGUCAUUUAUUUUUUUUUAUCUAUAUCUCCCACCUACACUACACACCCACGUCCCCCCCUCUCAAAAAAUGAAAUUAGAGCAAACAGAAUGAAACUGUUGAAGCGUCAUUCUUAUUACAAUAAAAGCGCUGGCUGAUUUCCUCUGAGGGAUAUGAUAUGAUUGAUAGAGAGAUAAUGUAAUUAUAUGAAUUUGUAUAUGAUUAUAUCUGCAUCUGUAUGUAUGAAUAUAUAUAUAUAUAUAUAUAUAUAUAUAUAUAUAUAUAUAUAUAUAUAUAAUAUAUAAACAAACGCAAACUUUACAUACCUCUGAUAUUGUCAGAAGAGGCUAUACUUCAAAUCAAGAGCUUAGACACAAACAGUAACUGCAACAACAACAACAGUUAACAACAAAAUAAAAAUACAAUGGGGAUUAUUUCACCUGUCUGCUACUUCGACUCUGUAAAAAUAUAUAUAUAUAUAUAUAUAUAUAUAUAUAUAUAUAUAUAUAUA